CUUUAGUGGAUCUAUCGACCAUGGGCGGCUUCGGCUUCGGGCUGUUGACGGACGUGCAGAUGCUGGGCUUCUACCAGGCCCAGCAUGCUCAGAACCGCAAGCCUUUCCUGGCUUAUGUGCUGCAGGUCUGCACGACCAACUCGCACUUCCUCGUGUACCGCCGUUAUUCUCAGAUCGCGUCGUUAGCCGCCAAGCUUCACUUCCAUCCUCCAGUGGGUCUUCCACCGAAAUAUGCGCUCCAGGUUUUCCCCUUAUCCGACGCACAAUUGCAGCAGCGGUUUGACGGCCUCCAGAUCUUCCUACGCGAGGUCUUAGCGCAUCUAUCGAGGCAGCACGCGGCUGGGAUGCACCACGACACGAGCUCCAGUGCCGGUCUCGACAUGCAGAUUUUCUGCGAUUUUGUAGCGCACCACCGCAAUCGACCGCCAAAACCGGUAAAAGGCGAACUGCCUGAUUGGGCUAAACCCACAGUGGAGAGCACGACGUGGGCAGACGCUGACAGCGUCACAGACAGCGAAGACGUGGGGAUCGAGAGCGACGGCUCGGACCAGGAGCUACUGGAACAGGAGGACACCAGUGAUGUGUCCACACAAUUCAGGAACGAGGUGCUGCAAGCUGAGGGUAAUCUGAGUGCGUUAUGGCACUGUGUACGCGCUUAUAUGCAGGCUACGACAGCGUGGUGGGGAGCGACCUCAGCUGUACUGGACGAGUACAAGAGAGUGGCCGAUAUGUCGCUGUUUGCUAAUGGAGAGGAUGGACAGAGAGAAGAUGGCAACACACACGCAGAACGACUAGUAAAAGCUCUGACUCAGUUGCUGGAGUCUGUACAGCCAGAGUUUGAGAAGAAAUGCGAGGACGCAGUGCUGAGUCCAUUGGGAACGUUGAGUCACGAGGUGCUACCAGAGAUUAAACACACGUACUGGACACGACACAAUCGCGUGGAUUACGAGAACGCAGCCAACGUUCGUCGUCUUCAGCAGGAGAGGGAGAGUUUACAUGCCAAGCUGCGUACAGACGUGCAUAGCAGUAUGACAGCACUGGUGGCGCUGCAGAAUGAGAUGCUGGCUGCCUUACAUGACCGACUGCAUAGCUUUGAGCGAGUGCAGCGUAUGCCUCGGCAACGCAGCAAGUCACAACCCGUACUUAACCGGAGAAACAGUCGACAGGGUCGUAGAAGUCCUCGCAGUAUCACCAUUUCCCUUAGCACUAUGAAGUCUUCAACCCAGGAAUACGGCCAACAUGGUGACGCGGCAGAAACUAAGGGUGAACAACAGGAGCUGGAGGCAUCUACGGCAUCUGUAGCAGAAAAUGUGGAAGACAACGGCGAAGACGAAAAGAUAGACAGAAGUGUCGAAGAAGUGGACGGCAAUGAAAGCGACGACGAAGAAGAAGGCAGUGCUGACGACAGGUCCGAAGUGGAAAAAGCGCUGGAGUUCGAGGAGAACGAAGAUGCAGCUCAACAGGAAGAUCCAAGCUCGUCCAUGUGGAUCUGGGGUCGUCCGCCUAGUCUCGAAGGUGGGACUCCUUUGGUUCUUCGACCAAAGCAAGUGUCUCUGGUUAAUGGUCAGCCGAUCGUUCAAGUGGCUUGUGGUGGCGAGCACUUGCUGUACCUCACGUCCACUGGAGAUGUCUACAGCUACGGCGACAACGAAGACAAGAAGGUUGCAGCCGUCACUAUCGCAACCACAGCUUCUACCUCACCAGAUAACGAGUCAACGCGACUCACUUCCACUUCGUCAUUCCUGUCACCACAUCUCGUUGAAGAACUUGCACUGGAGAAGGCGCUUCAUCGUACGACCAUCGCUAUGGUAGCGUGUGGAGCGCAGCAUUCGUUAGCUAUCACAGACGCUGGAGAGUUGUAUACGUGGGGAAGUGGCGAAGACGGACGGCUAGGACAUGGAGAUAUGCGCGAUCGAGCUGUGCCCCGUAAGGUCAUGAGUCUACUACGGGAAAGUGUGGUGAGUGCGAGCUGUGGUGGCGCUCAUACGGCAGUGUUGACUGCGAAAGGAACCGUGUUCACGUUCGGUCGAGGACGCAAUGGCCGCUUGGGUUUGGGAGACAACAAGUGGCGCGAUACGCCGCACCCGAUCGUGGGAUUCCCGCAAGGCACGCUUACCUCUCAAGUCGUAUGUGGGUGGAACUUUACAGCCGCGUUGGAUCGACAGGGGAACAUCUUCACGUGGGGUAAGACUGGUGAAGGACAGUGUGGCUUAGGAUAUGUGGAUAGAGACCAAGGCGUGCCUCGCUAUGUCGAGAAGCUUCGAGAGGUGGCGGGGUCUCCUGUAGUCGACGUUGCGUGUGGAUACACACAUACAGUAGUGUUGACAGCCAGUGGAGAGCUGUAUUCGUGGGGACUGGGCGAGUAUGGACAACUCGGGACGGGCGAUGUCUAUCAGCCUCUUCCUGCUCGUGUUCAACUGCCUCCAGACGCAUUAUGUGCACCGGAUCAACUCGCUCGAGUCUAUUGUGGUGCGUUCCACUCCAUCGCAACGACAGAGAAGCGUGUGAUGUUUGCAUGGGGAUUAAACUCUUACGGAGCCUGUGGACUUGGCCAUACUGCCAAUAAGGACAAACCGGAACGUAUCGACUGUUUUUCAUCGCAAACGGAGCUCGCAGUGGCGUGUGGACACAAGUAUACCAUCGCUCUUGAGAUGCAUCCUUCACUAUACGGACAGUCUUCGUCCCAGACGAUGAUACAGACUGGAGCUGCUGUGAAUGGACUGGACAUGCCUACAACAUCGAGGCAAUUAUCAGAGGGGAGCGAGGCCAGCGACGACGAUCCGGAUCAUGGUCGCGUCUCGCCAAGUCGACCCAUUACACCUCCACGUCGGCAUCGUCGUGGUACGCCUCCAACUCUGGCGAUGGAUCUCAGUCAUCUCCCUCGUGAAGCCAUCCACGAGAAGGAAGAAGAGCUGCGACGUGCUAAGAAACUCUGGAGAACUCGCAUCCUUCGUGACUGGGAAGAAAACAAAGAUACGCCUUUGGCUCACUCGCUAUGGCGACAAGGAAUCCCUCCUUCGAUUCGAGCUCGUGUGUGGCCUAUGGCGAUCGGGAACAAGCUGAAAAUUACGCCAGAAAUGUUCAGAAUCUAUCGUCGACGCGCAGCAGCGUACAAGAAGGACCGAGCUUUAAAGGAAGAUGCCGUAGACGGCGGUCGAGAGCAUACAUUGGCGCUGAUUGAUACCGAUCUACCACGUACCUUCCCGUCGCUGAAAUUAUUCGAUUCCAGCGGCCCAUACUACGCCUUCUUACUGGAAGUAUUGGAGACGUACGCCUGCUAUCGACCAGAUCUCGGCUACAUUCAGGGCAUGUCGUACUUAGCGGCGAUGCUGUGUUUACACAUGCCUCAAGACCGGUACCUGGCGUUCCAGUGUCUGGCCAACCUCAUGGUGAACGAGCAUCUCUUCACCUUUUACUUACUCGACGCCGAUCUCGCGAGUGUGUACUACACGCUGUUCGACGCCUUUUUGCACUCCAGAUUACCGCAUUUACACGCUCAUUUAAGGGACGUGGGCGUGUUUUCAUGCUCCAUGUACCUCAUGAACUGGCUGCAGACGCUGUUCCUACAGGUUUUACCGCUUGAAUCGGCGGCGCGAGUGUUUGAUAAUUUCUUACUGGAUGGUACAGUGUUCCUAUUCCGUACCGCGAUGGCGAUUCACGAGCUCUUGGCGCCGCAGUUGAUGCAGGCGGAGAUGGACGUGGUGCUGCCGAUGCUGCAGCAUAACGUCAUGUAUCAAGAUGUGUGGGAUUUACGCAUCUCGGAGCAAGCUCUGUUCGAUACAGUGGCCACUAUUGCGGUUCCUAGUCAUAUCUACUCGGCGCUGGACCGAGUGGUGAACGAUGUUUUCUUCUACGAGAAACGAGGUGAUCCUGAUAGUAUUGGAGGGAAGAAGAUGAUGGCGUUUGCUAGUGGAGGCCAGAGUGUCGGCAUCGGACAUGUGAAGCACGAGCGACGCCGAAUGUAUGCUAUUAGCGAUGCUCUGAACGGCGUACUAGGCGGGUUUUGAGGUUAAAGCGUGGAGGAACGAGUACAGUAUGUGCGGUAUACGAUGUAAGAGAAGUCAGUUGAAGUUGCUCACGUGAGGCUCCAGGAGAAUUGUCAAUGGGUUCGCCAUCGCAUAGAGCGCCCAAAGUUCGUCAUUGAAGUUCGUUCAGAAGUCUCUGUCUGCACGACAUGGAGCAGCAAUGUGGCGACGCGCCAUUUGCAAGGAAACGUAGCAUUGCGCUGAUGUGUCGCUGGCGGAAAGAGCACCGGGUAAGUCCUUUUUGAUGGGAGCAUACGCAUACGCCUGCAGCUUGAUAUAGUGCACCUCGGAGAGAUCGCUGACACUGCCGCAUCAGAAACAGUUUCGCUUGUCUUCUCCUUCCAAGGAUCUGGUGUGGGUAGCUCCUUCUCUGAGACGGAGAAGGAUCUGGGACACGAAGAUCAUCAUGUGUGGUGCCAUCUCAUUUUUUUCCCCGUAGAGCGCUUUGCACCCUUGAAGUCAUGUCUCCAGCGUCUCGCCAUAGACAAAUGUGCUGUCGUCACCAUACCUUCCUCUCCACCCACACGCUGCACCCAUGUGAUCGGGCAUUUCUGACACUCCAGGCACUUCGAAUGCAUCCCCAAAUUCGAAGAUCUGUCCUGACUUCGAUAUCUAGAUAACUAUGAUAAUGUAACUGCUAUUAUAAUACUCAGCGGACUAUGUUUAGUCCGACUAUCUAAGUUGGUCAGGCUAAAAUGCUACAAGUAUAUAUUUUUGGCGAAUUGAUAGCGAAACGGUGC